AUGUCUUCGAUUGGAGUGGCUGUGCUUGUGCGAUCUCGACAUGUUGUGGAGGCAGUAGAAUUCAGUGAGGGGGAUCGCUGUCGGAAGGAUGUGCCACCCAGUGUCUUGAAAAAUUGGGCAAAAGUGGACCUGAGUUUGUUGAGCGACACGACGACUUGA